CGGACAUUCAACCUCUGGUGACAGGUCGUUCUCUGAGACACCGGAAGUAAUCGUCGGUUUUGGUGACGCUGCAUAAGACUGCAAGACAUGGACCGGUCUAGGCUGUUCGGGUGCUUCCUCCUCUGCCUGACUCUUGCUGGAAUUCAGGCGCUCACACCGGCGCACCACCUCUGCCUGGCUGAUGUGGCCCGACUGCAGAACUUCCUGAGCCAACAGUUCACCGACCUGGAGUCCGCGUACUACUCUGUUGUUGGUCUGACCAAGCUUGGAGCGGCGGUUUCCGAUCACAAUCAAGUAUGCCAGUUUCUCAAAUCCCAGCUUGAUCCCACCAGUGUUGACUCUGUCUUCUUUGCUGCUGAGACCAGUCAGGCCAUUUCAGGAUGUGAGAUCCCUGUGUCCAAUGAAACCCGUGACAUCCUUCUGGCAGCAGUUAGUGAAGACUCAACCAUGACUCAGAUUCAUCAUGCUGUGAGUGCACUCAGCUCUCUGGGACUUCCUGUGGCAUCUCAGGAAGUUGUAGGUGCCCUGACGGCUCGCAUCAACAAGGAGGACAAUGUUAUGGCAAUCACCUCAGCUCUGCAAACAGCAGCUCGCCUCUCCCAGCAGGCAGAACUUGGUGGAAUACUGGAGGAAAUUGAGGAUCUGACAGCUCGUUUGGAUGAUCUUGGUGGCAUCUACCUCCAGUUUGAAGAGGGACUCGAGGCAACCGCUAUGUUUCUGACUGCUGCUUAUUCCCUGUCAGAUCAUGUGGACAUGGAGCCCCCUCUCAAGGAGGACCAGGUCAUCCAGCUGGUGAAUUCCAUCUUCAGCAAGAAAUCUUGGGACUCCUUGUCUGAGGCCUUCAGUGUGGCAAGUGCUGCUGCAGCUCUCUCCAACAACCGCUUCCAUGUGCCGGUCAUUGUCAGUGCUCAGGGCCCAGCCACAGUGUCCCACAGCCAGCCAACCCUGCAGCUCCUUGUUACUGAUGUCAUGUCUCAACCUCUGGCCUCAGCCAAUGUGCUGGUUGAAUCUGCGUAUGCUGUGGCCUCCAAGAGUAUCAUACUCAGCCAAGCAUCCUUCACACUUAAUGAUGGCGUCUUUGAACUGAACUUCAUGUCAAACCAGCCCGCUAGUGGAUAUUACCAAUUUACCAUUGCAGUGACUGGGGAUAGCCGAUUGGUUGCCAAUCAUGUUGAGCUUAAAGUAAAGGUGUCCACUGAGGUGGCUGUUACUAACAUGGACCUCUCAGUAGUGGAUAAGGACCAGAGCAUCGGCACAAAGACCACCAGAGUGGACUAUCCCUCCAAAGCCAAGAGCUCCUUUACUGCAGACAGCCACCAGAACUUUGCUAUGUCCUUCCAGCUCGUUGACGUCAACACUGGAGUGGAACUUACCCCACACCAGACUUUUGUCCGGCUGCAUAAUCAGAAAACUGGCCAAGAGGUUGUGUUUGUGGCUGAACCUGACAGCAAGAAUCUGUACAAGUUUGAGUUGGACACAGCAGAGCGGAAAUCAGAGUUUGACUCCAUCUCUGGUACCUAUUCCCUCUACCUCAUUGUUGGGGAUGCUACUUUGGAGAAUCCCAUCUUGUGGAACGUGGCUGAUGUUGUGCUGAAGUUUAUGGAUGAAGAGGCCCCAGCUACCAUUCAGCCCAAGACCCUUUAUGUACCCAAACCAGAGAUCCAGCACUUGUUCAGGGAACCAGAGAAGAAGCCUCCAACUGUGGUCUCUAACACCUUCACUGCACUUGUCCUGUCUCCUUUCCUGCUUCUGCUCAUCCUGUGGUUUAAGCUCGGAGCCAACAUCUCCAACUUCAGCUUCUCUCCCAGCACCAUUCUGUUCCAUGUAGGACAUGCAGCCAUGCUGGGCCUGAUGUAUGUCUACUGGACCCACCUGAACAUGUUCCAGACUCUGAAGUAUCUGGCAAUUAUUGGCGGUGUAACCUUCCUCGCGGGGAACCGCAUGCUAGCCCAGAAAGCAGUGAAGAGGAUUGCAGCAGAGCAAAGUAGUAGGUUGGCAAAGUAUAGGAGCCUACGAUAAAGCCCCCAUUUGUAACAAAUGAGUCGGUCGUGCUUCCAGGCUGAAAAUUGAGAAAAAAUAAGGGCAAGAAAAAUUAAAAGAAGACAAUGACAAAGCCCAUUUUUUGGUUCCAAGGAGUCAUUCAACAAAAUCAGACUUUAUCAUGGCAUGGCAGUUCAAGAGUCCCAUCAACAGUUUAAACAUGCAGUUUGUCUGUUGCCAAAAGGAAGAAAUUGAGACAUCCAGAGUCUCUGAGGACAUAUGCUCACUGACAGAUUCUUCUACUGAGAGCUGUAAAGCUACUGAUCAUUGCACUUCAUCUUCCUGUGAGAUUUGUUUUCUUAUUGUCCAACAUGCCCGUGUUUUCUAAGUGAGCUGGAUUUUUAUUUGUGGUAUCUUGAUGGAAUUUGGGUUCAAUUGUGUUUUUUGUACAUUCCUUCAGUGCCCAUUUCACCUCCCAACAGAAGUUCUAAAUCAACAUGUUUCAGCGCAUAAAACACCACUGGCAGUAGCACUGACACUUUUCAUUACUAACUAUCCCAGUGUGUCUGUUUGGUGCAUCAAAUGUGUAGAAGGAGCGGUAGUCUCCUGUUUGAUACAGAGUUUACGUCCCCCAGAAAAAUUGUUAAUAAUAAAAUAUGGGCAAUUUGAGGAUGUGUUUUUGUAAUGAAGAGGAAGAAAUAAAGAAAUUGAGGUGAAACAA